CACAACCGGCGCGGGGAGCGGCGGGGAUGGAGGGGCUCGGCGUGGGCAGCGUCCUGCUGACCGGCUGCGACGGGGGGCUGGGCCUGGCGCUGCUCAAGGGGUUGCUGGAGCAGCCCAGCCCUCCGCGGCACCUCUUCGCCGCCUGCCUGGACCCCCAGGGGAAGGCUGUCAACGAGGUGGCUUUGGGCUUUCCCAACGUCCUUGUCCUGCCUCUGGACGUGACAGAUCCCAACAGCAUCAAGGCAGCAGUUGGGAAGGUGCAGGAAAAGGUGGGAAGUGCUGGGCUCAACCUCCUGAUCAACAACACGAGCACCACGCGCCGCAGCACGUUGGCCACUGAGACAGCGGAGAACAUGAGCCUCGUGUACACCACCAACACCAUCGGGCCCCUGCAGACAAGCCAGGCCUUCCUACCCCUGCUGAAGGAGGCGGCUGAGGCUGAAGGGCAGCGUGGGAUGAGCUGCAGCAGAGCUGCCAUCAUCAACAUCUCCAGCAUCCUGGGCUCCAUCGAGGUGGCAGAGGCCUGGGAGGAGAGGCAGGACAUCUCCUACCGCUGCAGCAAGGCUGCUCUGAACAUGCUCACCAAGUGCCUGGCCCUGGAGUACGGGAGCAGCGGGAUCCUCUGCGUGUCUGUGGACCCUGGCUGUGUGACACCUCCCUUGGAACAGGGGAUGCAGGGCCCCGUGACGGUGGAGCAGAGUGUCCAGGGUGUCCUGCGGCUGCUGUCCCAGCUCUCAGCCACCAGCAACGGCACCUUCUGGGACUGGAGAGGGCAGAGGCUGCCCUGGUGAGAGCAGAGCCUGUCUGCUGAGCUUAAUUAAUUAAAGCUAAUGAACUGCCA